AUGGUUCACACAUCAUUCUCCCAAGAAACCAGCGCCACUCCAGAGCACAAUGUAGACGACAUUGUGGAGCCCUUGGUUGCAGCUAUCCUACGUGAGGCCACUGAGAAUAAGGAGAAUACCUACAAGUGGGAGACACUGCUGAGAGUACAAAUGGCUCCCCCGGCAUUAAUAGUUGAUGAUAUGCUGGCACCAUUUUCCCUGCCCGUUGUGUCCACUGGGCACUACAUUGUAACCUAUUUUGGGAUGCUGUUUAUGCUCCCGGAUAAAACACAGGAUGACCCAUAUUAUCUGAUCACCAGAGGGUCCCAAAUUGGCGUGGUAGCCAAGCAGAAGGGCUCCCUGUUUGUUAUUGGGGACAGUGGUGCCUCCUUCUCCAGGAUCAAGAGUAUUUUGCAAGGGUGGCGGCUAGUGAAGGAGGCUAUCAACAAUGGUGUGGCUGCUCAGAUCUGA